UUUAAAAUGGAGGACGAAGAAACAAAGCAAGAAUUAGAAGAUGGUGAGAAAGAAGAAAACCCAUCCCCUGAACUUGUUAAAGCUCCCAGUGGAAUCCCAGGAUUGGGUGCAGAUCAAGAUGAAGAAGGAAAUAAGAUUGAAAACCAAGAGAUACGAUUCAUCUUCAAUCCAAACAGGGAUAAAUUUCCGGAGAAGCCUUAUUACGAAGAUGGUAAUCCUGAACUAUAUACUGAUGAGAAACUUGCCAAGAGAAAGGCACUCAAGGAAGAUGUUGAUGUCCAGAAUGUUAUUAGAGAGUUUAUGACAAUCUCUUUCUCCUUUAACCCUCAUAAAAUCAUUAGAAGAGAUGAAUAUUUCCAAAAGUUUAUCAAAAUCGGGCAAAUUUUGAGACCAAACACAGAAGCUGAAGAGCUCCAGAACUUAGUCAAAAAGGAUUAUGAAAAUGAUAACGAGGGUAAAACUGAGGACACCAUUGAUGAAGAUAAGCUCUAUGAUUCCUUGUUCGAACUGGCUGAUCUCUGGUGACCCAAUAUUGAUGCUAAAGAAUAUGUUGACUUCUUCAAUGCACUCAAAUUCAAAUUCAGGUAUGAUGGGCAGAAUAACUCAUCUGCUUACGGCCCAAUGCAUACAUAG